AUGUGUGUCGAUCAAAAUGAGAAAACUGACUUGAACAAUCAAGAGGAUAAGGAUGAGCUUAUAACACUAGGAUUUUACAUCAGUAUGGGGCUUGACUUUGCUGCUGGAUUUUGGGGAGUUUGUGGCACUUUGAUAUUCAAUGGGUCGUGGAGAUACGCAUACUUGAAGUUCUUGAAUGGUUUAAAUGAUUGGCUUUAUGUGAAGAUAGCUUUAAUCAAGCGGCAACUAAAGCUAGCAUAUGCUUAA